AUGCCCAAGAACGCCGCGAUCACGAGCUUUUUCAAGCCGGCCCCACGGGAUUCGCAGGACUCCCAUGGGAGCUCCCAGGUGCCCCAAUCUUCAAUCCCACGGUCGCCCAUCCGGGGAGCAAUGUCGCCGUUCAAAAUGCCUGGAACGCCAGGAACGGGAUUCAAAUCAUCACUACCCAUCAGAUCGCCUGUACCACCACCAUACUCUCCGUUGACACUUCUAUCAUCACCGUUAAAGCCUCGAUCCACCGUAAAGCCGGCACGGGACCGAAAUGCCGUCAUUGAAGCAUCCGACGAAGACGACGACAGCGACUUUAUAUCCUCAGACGAUGACCUGCCCGAUCUCUUCGCCGAACCCAAGAACGAAGUGCCUGUGUCGGUCCGAGCAAAUGGAAGCCCGACGCGAGGGCCAUCGUCAAAACGAGUGGCAUCGGCCAAGUUCGUGGUGUCGCCCAUAAACCUCAACAAGAAGCACAAGUUCGACAUGAAAGCGAUCCUGAAGCAUACCGAGACGGAGAAGAGGAUAGCAGAGAGCGAGAAGCGGGUCGAGAAGCUCAUGGCCGAGGAGGAGGAGGAGGAGGAGGAGGAGGAGGAGGAGGAGGAGGAGGAGGAGAAACGGGCUAAGCCACUGGCUGUCAAGAAGGAGGGCACCACCACCACCCUUCAUGACAACAUGCUGAAUGCGAUGUCCGAAGCGGAAGACAGCCAGGGAGAGGCCAAGAAGGAGAAGCUGUUGAGGGCCGUCAAGAGGACAGAAGCCACAAGUCAGAGGACACAAUGGUACUUUUUUGACGACGACGACCAUGGACACAAGGCCGUUAAUGGUUUGUCCAUAGGCUUCCGGAACAAAUUUCCCCAGCACGCAGCUACCGGUGUUUGGAAGGUCCUGGCACCACAAAAGGGGAGAAUGGAUCUCAUCGAGCGUGGAGUCGCGUACGAUCUGCAGUGCAAGCUACGCAACAUACCUGACGAGAUCUUUGUCUGGAUCGUGGACGAGCUACCGUUCGUCAAGACAAGGCGGUUACGAGAGUCCAACCUCAGGCUUCUAGGGAUAUGCCCCGAGCAAGCAGGCCGGCUACUCACACCCGACCGCAUUAUCCAGCUCUUCCGUACCAUUGGCACACCCACACGAUGUCUCGAGACGCCAUCAGAAGACAGUGACAAGAAACCGGACCCCGGUUGUCCCUACAACAUCGACAGCCGAGACUGGACUCCCCUGCGCACCGUCCUGCGCAUCCUCUCUGAGACCGCCAACGGACUCUCCAUCGACUCCCUCAUCCGCUCCACGACCAUCCUCCUCCGUCUGGGCAUGGACGCCAACAUCCGUCGCAACCCAGACCUACAUUCUACCUUCCGAACAACGCUCAUCCACCUCGUCGAAGCCGUACCCUCGUCCUCCUUCGACGCCUUCUGUCUCGCCUGCUGCACUAGUCUCUACUCCCUAACCACGGAUUCUACCCUCCUCUCCGACGCUUUGCGGGCUCUACCCUACCAGACCCCGAAACUAGUCAACCUCCGCCGCCGACUUGCGCUCGCCUUCCUCUUCGCCUCCGCCUCCGCGUCCCUCUUCCCCUCCCCUUUCGGUCCAGGAUCUUCAGUCCCUUCCCCCAUCCAAGAAUUUUCUCUCAACGACCCAUCCCACACCUUUUCCCUCCCUUUGUUGCUAUCCUACCUCCACAUAUCUCCCCACUUCCAAACCACCCGCUCCUCCUCAUCAGCAGAUUACUUUCUUCUUUCCGCCCAAACUGACCUCCUGAGAAUCGCAAUCGGCGACGGCGACCCUCCCUCUUGUCUCUCUCCUGCUUCCCCAUCAACCCCUUCAGCAGCUACCACCUAUCCCUGGAACAGCAAGGGACAGACACAGUCCAAGUCAUCCAUCAAAACAACGAACCCCGAAAUAAAACUCCACAACCGCCAAAUCGACCAUCUCACAAAACGUAUUCGCAACCUCUGGUCCAACAUCCACGACCAAUCCGGCUCGUCAGCCGAGAUCUCCCGGCUGGAAGCAAAAGUCAAGCUGAAAGAUUUGGAGCGCAAGCUGGAGUGGGCGGUUAGGACGAAGCCGGUUAGCAGGGCGAAUAUCUUUGGUGUCAAAUCCGGGAGUGGGGGAGGAGGAGGGGGAUCUGGGAUAUUAAGUGGUGGUUAUGGUGGUGACGACCAAGAAGAAUUUGAUAGUGAGGAGGAGAGGGAACGAGAACAGAAAAGGGAGAGGGAGGGGGUGGAGCAGAAGAUGUUUAUGAGGAGGUUUUUGGGGAAGGGGGUUGUGACGGCGGUGGGGAAGACGGAGGUGUGA